CGCUGUAUAUAUACUGCAUAUCGAUAUCGCAUGCGGAUAUUUUUAAUUUUGCGGAUAUAUAUGCAUGUAGAUAGGGGCCUAAUUGGUACGUGGUAGGCUAACGUGUUGAACAUUACUUUUACUAGUGUUUAUCCGGUAGCAACUAAUGCUUUAAAUUCAACCCGGCAGAAGAUACUACAAUCAAGAUACAUAAACGUUUACAUCUGCCAAUCCUUGAAGAAUUUGAAGUUAAAUUGUGUCUUCAUUCUUCAAAGACAUUCUUCAAAGUUCAUACAGCAACCUAUAUUCUAUACAGCACAUGACAGAGGCGUAUUGACUAUUGUCGAUUUCGAGGGGAGUAAGUUAGGCCUACCACUACAGUACCACUAGCAAACGAUUUUUGUACUUCGUGGAAUAUCUGGCUCCUUUUUUUUUUCUUCCAAACGACAUACCAUCAUGUUAGACAGAUUGCCAGCCAAGUUCCAGCAGACUUAUUUCUGGUUUGAAGAAGAUUUUGAACACGGCCCGUACUCGUCAUGGAUGGCAAAGUACUGGCACUGGUCAAUAUACAUCAGCAUCGCCUAUGUGGUGAUCAUCUUCGGGCUGCAGCGGCUCAUGCGAGACAGGCCUCCCUUCGAUCUCCGCAGACCCCUGAUACUAUGGUCCGCUAGCCUCUCCGUCUUCAGCAUCGUCUGUGCCUUCCGACUCGCCCAGGAGUUUGUCAUGUAUGCGCGGGACUAUGGAUGGAAAGCAACCAUGUGUGAUGACCGAUAUGGAAUGGAUGGGGUCAAUGGCUUUUGGUCUAUGUUAUUCGUUUGGAGUAAGCUCCCGGAACUUGGUGACACGCUCUUCAUCGUUCUUCGCAAACAACCUCUCAUUUUCCUCCACUGGUAUCACCACAUCACCGUUUUCGUGUAUUCAUGGUACAGCUAUCCUCUCAUGUUGGCCCCCGGACGCUACUUCGUCGAUCUCAAUGCCCUUGUACAUGCCUUUAUGUAUACCUACUAUGCCCUCAAAGCAUCUCGCCUUGUUCGUAUACCUCGUCAAAUCAAUGUCUGCCUUACUUUAAUCCAAACCUCCCAGAUGGUCGUCGGAUGCGUCAUCAACACCCUGGCGUGGAAGUUUAGAUCGCAAGGGGAGUUUUGUUCGACGACAGACAACAAUAUUAGGGUGUCGUUACUCAUGUACUUUUCAUAUUUCAUCCUCUUUGCUCAUUACUUCUAUAAAACCUACUUUGUGAAGAAGGCCCCCCGAAAGCAAAAGGAGGUGCAGAACGGUGUUCAUCAAAACGGUGUUCAUAUCAAUGGUGCACAUCAAAAUGGCAAAUCUCAUUAUAGCAAUGGAAAAGCAUCACUCAAGACGGAUUAAAAUAGAUGCAUCCCCUUGAUUGACUUCCUAUUUACUGUUGCAGAGAUCUUUCAAAAUGUAUGAUAGUGCUAUAAUACAGGUGUAGACUAUGUAGUAUAUUAUGAGAUUAUUGAUUACCAUAGUACGUGGCUUCUUGUUAAUGUAAAAUCUUUUUUAAGGAUGCCUGGUAAUGAAAUGUUCUCAAAUUUGAAAAGAAACCAGUAGAGAAUAUAGGUGUACAGUGUAUGCAUGUAAACAAUUUUUACAACUGUUUACAACUAUUGAAUAUUUGACUACCAAUGUACAUUAUAGUGAAUGUACAUGUAGGGGAGGGGUAAAAAGGUUUCCACUUUGCCUUGAAAUUUUUGACAUUUUAGCCAUCUGAAAGAAUGGAGCUGGUAUUUUGUACUUUAGGUUGGUUGAAUCUUUAGAUUUUUAGAAUGGUGAUGAUUGCCUCAAAUGACCCACCCUAGGUACACAUAGAAGCAAGGGUUCUGUUGGAUACUGUAUUUGUACUAAACAGGACCUUUCUUGAGCUAUGAAAAACAUCUAGUUUUGAGCUCUUUGAAAAUCCCACCUAUUAAUAUAGGGGUUGAUGAAGCUCCGAGAAUGCACUAUUUAGCAAUGAAAUGUGACUCGGAGUACAUGAGUAAUCUGUUCUGUAGAUGGAAGAAUGUACAAUUUGCUGACUCAGAUUGAGAAGAUCCCAUACCACACACCCACCCUAUAAACUCAACACCGAAGAAGGUUAAUUGAGUAGGGAAAGUAAUCCCUCUCAAAAGGGGCUAAGUUGAGAAAAAUUGCCAGACCACUUAAACUCAAGGCGCCUGUUACUUGCAAAGUUGCCACUCCAUGGUCCUUUUCUAUGGACGCUUAUUUUGGAUGAGCCCCUUUCUUUAGAAAAGCUUGAUAUGACCAUUAAAGGAGAAUGAAACCCUUGAAACCAGCUGAAUCCAUAUCAAAGAGAAAAAUCAAAGAAACAUAUUGUUGAAAGUUUGAGGAAGAUUGAAUGAAUAAUAAGAAAGUUAUGAGCAUUCGAAUAUUGAGAUCACUAGUGCCAUGUAGAUCCUCCCAACGGCAAUGCGACCAAGAUCUGUGAUAUCACACACGUACAACUCCCUCAUUACUUUAGUACUUAUUUCACUUAUAUUCUCACUUUUAUAGAGUCUAUCACAAGGUGAGGUGUUCUCUUUAUGAGAUGACAAGUACAGAGGUUUCACAACAUUAUAUCAUUGAUGAAUCGUUUGUCAUAUGAUUAGAAUGAGCAAAAAGAGAUGUUUUGGGGUAUAUUUUCAGUGUCCAAAUGGGAGAGUUGUACGUGUGUGACAUCACAGAUCUUGGUCGCAUUGCCAAUGGGAGGAUCUCCAUAGCAUUAGUGAUCUCGACAUUCAAAUGCUCAUAACUCUUUUAUUGCUAGUCCUAUUUUUCUCAAAGUUUUGUUGAUCUUAUUCUUUGAUUUUUCUGCUUUCACAAAAGCUAACUUGCUCCAAGAGUUUCAUUCUCCUUUAAGUAAUGAAAUUAUGGUAGUGGGAAUGUUUACCAAAGAUUUGUGAUGAUUGUGAUCACAUGCAAGGGUCAUGUGUUUAUUAUGUUCCUGACAAAAUGCUUUCAGCUCCGGAGUUCCUGUACUUUCAUACAUGUAGGAUGAGAUCGAAUUGGUCACAGCUCAGUUUACAAAUGAGUGUCUCAGACAUGAUGGAGAGCGGGAGGGUUGUGUGGGGCUGGCUUCUCUUGGCUCUUCUCUUUUCUCUGGCAGUAAAUUGAAAUACAUUUUAAUGAAAUCUGCUGUUUUUGUACCUGUACAUUGUGUUUGAAUAUAUGAGCCUGCAGAUAUCCAUAUCACUCAAAACACAAAACCAUCUAAAUGCAUACCUUUAUAUAUAUAUUUAGUACCCAGUACCGGGGUAUUAACAAAAAGAAAUUCUCUUCCAGAGAUCCAUGUAGAUGUUUUGGAGGGAUCGACAAUUUGAUGUACAUGUAUGUAUGCCAUGUUAACAUGUGGCUACUCUAUAAGAUGCAGUAAAUGUUAUUAUUUUUAUCAUCAUCAUCGUCAUUUUAGUUGGCAUCUAGGCAAGUUGGGGUCCACUUAAAUAAGGCCUUUUAAAGGCCAACCAUAUUUAAGAAUCAUUUAUGUGUUGUAACUAACAGCUGCAUACGGUACAUCUCAAGUCUUAUUCGUCAACGCAAAGUGUACAUGUAAUUCGUGAUGUGAUCUGUUUACAACUUGUAAACCAUUUUCACAAAGGCAGACUGAGUCUUUGCAUAGUUUGGUCAUUGUUCUAUAUUUUCAAUGCAAAGAACAAACAAACAAACAAACACAGCUCAGUCAUAAGUUAGCAUACUGUAGAAGAGCUUACUAUGAGAAAAAGAAGUUUAAUCUAGCAAUGCUGCAAUGGCAUACCUUGAAUCAUGUACAAUCAAGCAUAUAAUAUUUUAGUAUUCAAAUUAUGUCUAAAGAAAAAUGUUAUACUAAGUUAUUUUUAUACAAUCAUGUUAUCCAGAGUCUCUCCAUGUACAUGCACAAUUGCACAUAGUUCUACUGAAUGAAGAUUUUAUUUAUUUUGGGGGGUACAUUUAUAGAGAUUAGCCUUUCCCCAACCUUGUGCCUGGCUAUGUAUGUAUUUUAAAUCCUUGUCUCAAGAUUUCAAAAGAGCAAGUGAAAGAAUAAUACCUUGAACUAAUAUUUGCAAGAAAACCUCACAUACACCCACAGUGACCUUACGUAUUAUUCUAUACAUGUAUUGAAACCAGCCAGCAUUAAGAACUGGAAAGGAGACAAAGGCUUCAAUACUCUGGCUUGUACAUCCUUGUCUUAUCAAAAUUAAUCAUUGCUUACUCAAGUCUCGAUUGUAGGGUUUAUGAUAGCAUUAUCUUAUCAAAGUUGCCUUCUGUGCUUAUCUACACAAGUAUUUGACAUGGCACGAGUCAACUGCACCCAUAUGAAUAAUGCUGCAAGUAAAGUAGUAUGUUAACUGUAUGGAGGUGAGGAGUACAUGUACAUGUAAUUCUUCGCACAAAACCAAACAGCACUUAACAUUUUAUCUUGAUGACUGGAUAGCACAGUCUACUAACAGUACAUGUAUACGGACAUGUGGUGUGCGCAGAGUUAAAUGAGUUCUGUGCCGUAAAAAGAGGGCAAAUUAAAUUUCUAAAGAAAUAUCUUUCAUUGCCAAUUUAAAAUUCCACUUCAAAGGGUAACUGAAGUUACUGAACCACAAGGAUGUAACUCAGUGAAUAUCCUGCCAGAGGCCCCACAUGUUCUACGAUACAUACCUUGAACCAUCCAAAAUAUAUUGUGAAAUUAUUUUUUUUAAAGAAUGUUCUGAAGAACAGGACUGCAUGUACUUUGGAACGUUGCCAAUGAUGGUAUUAUUUAAUUUCUUGGCAAAUAUUGUAUCUUUGUAUUUGUAUAAUGAUGACCAAAAUGACCAAGAUGUUGCAUCCUGAGUAUAUGUACCUGGGUUUAAGAUCCUGGAACUACUUGUGUAGUUUGGCUCUUGAACUGGUACCUGUACUCUUCAAAGUGGCUGCAGCAUAUUAUUAUCAGCCUACAACCCACCUACAGACUACAGUACAUAAUAGUGUGUGCAGGUUUUUUUUUUCCUUCUUUUUUAGGACAAUUUUGAGCUUAUCAAAAUAGGCCAGGGGAUUGCUCCCUAUGUGUACCAUAGAGAUACAAACAGUUUGUAUCAUCACGCAUAAGGCCUAUGUACAUGUACUAGUCUGCAGGCACAGACCCUUGGUUUUCACAAUUCACAUACUGUACAGUAGUGAAUAAUGCAGAGUCUGAAAUAGUGAGACUAGUUUCACUAUGUACUGUGGCUGGCUCUCCCAAGGAAAGUUUAGCCUCUAGUCUUCACUCUAGACAUGGUAUAAUUGGUUAAAGUGUCAAACAUGAGUCAGUCAGACCUGCCAACCAGUACGUUUUUGCAACCAAAAGACGGCAGUACGUUUUUUCUUUUAAUAAUACGUUUUGUAAAAAAAAAUAUAUAUAUAUAUAUAUAUAUAUAUUUAUUUUUUUUCUUCUUCUUUUUUUAAAAACAAAUUUUAACUUAAUUUAUUGAGGAAAAUCAUCUUAUAUGUCUCUAUUUCAUAAAACUUACACAAAUAUGGCUAUUAGAUCAAUGUAAUUUCAGGUAACUUGUUUUUUUUUUUCAAUCAUUUUGUUAAAACGAGGGUGAGAUAUACACAUGUUUCAAUGUUUUUUUUUCAUCUGCAAUAGCAUUAGCAGAGCGCAGUUUAGCUUGCAUGCAGCUUGGGCGCCGCGAUGAGCGGGUGCGCCACGCAUUUUAUUAUGAAAUACACUUUUUUGGGGGAAAAUUCAGUUUUUUUUUAUCACAGAAUAUAAUUUUUCAUUCCCAGAGGUUGGCAGGUCUGGUCAGUGCUUGUAGACUAGGCGUACACGUAAAGAAGUGAUGGGGCAUAAAAAUCCAUUCAGUUUAUUUUCCUUUGAAUAUUGAGUGAUCUGAAUUCCAUUCCUGCACACAGUUAUGAUUGGCUGGAUAAAGCAAUCUGCUCCGCAAUUAUUAAUUCACCGUCAAAGGGAACUCUUGACCGCUUCACUGAUUUCACUGUGUAAAUCCGGUAUGUUUACCUACGUGUACACUAUUGACAAAAGUUUAGGUAGAAUUACCAAAUCUAUGUAUGAAUAGCAGAAGUCAGUGCAGUAAAAUAGCUAGAAAUAUGUUCUAGAUACCAAGUGCUGGUACAUGUAACUCCUUGGUUCUACAUACAUGUACGUUGUUUACCAUUAUAAACCCUGGUUGCGUUCAAUCAGAUUAAGGAGGUAUAAACUUCCUUGAAUUCAAACCCAACUUGAAAAGGCAGAAAAGAUGCGCUUCGAAAGGUGAUUCUGCACAACCACUUUAUGUGCAUGUAUCAUGAUUUUACAUUACUCAUGACAAUAUUUAGAUACCAAAACUUUUAAGUAUGUGAGUACUGAGUAGCAAAUGCAGUUAAUUUCCCAUUGAGUGACCUGUUGAUUUGUAGUGAUAGUCUUGUCUACAUGUAUGGUGUUUUAAUGUCCAUGUCUAGUGCAAGUUACAUUUGGGAUAUUCUUCAUGUUGUGUGUAUCCUUGAUAGAUCUAUAGACCCUUCUGUAUGGUAGGCCCACAUGAAGGCCUGUAUCCAUACCGGACUGUAUUGGGACUUAGGGAGAUUCCCCAAUCCUGGAAAAUCACUUAUGGUUUCUGUGGGAGUAUUUUGCAUCACGGAUAUAGAUCGGAAUCCAUGCUUGAUAGAUACGAUAUGCAUGAUUACAUUGGCUUUUGUUGAUGGUCAAUUUAUGUAGGGCCUACAUUUAGGCAUUUUGAAUGCACAGUAGCGAUCAUGAUUUGGAUGAUGAUUCCAAAACUGGCUGUGAUUUGUUCACAGUAGAACGAAAUCGGACAAACAAAUCACUGACCGUACGAGAAGUUGAAAUUUCCUAUCAAAGACUUUACCUUUGAUAAAUCAUGGCCAUGUUCAAGUUAUAUUCUGUCAGUGAUUAAACCGAAAAUUUUGAAACACUAUCAAACCAUCUGUCUACUAACUCAUACAUUGAGUGCUAUAUGUAUGAUGUAGGCCUAGUUGUAACCUUCUUGGCCAAGUGGUAUUUUUUUUUAGUGGUACAUGUAGGCCUACAUGUAUAUGUCUUGUUCAAUUUAUAAUUCUUUGGAACCAAUACUUUCUCCUAGUCCCCCCCCCCCCCAAUGUUAUUGUUUUGUGCAUGCAUUUCAUUUUGUUUUUUCGCUAUGUGUGAAGGCCUAUGUGUCUCAAAUGCACACGGGAUCGAUAUGAUAUAGGAUAUCUUUAUCUUAUACAAACAUUUCAAAGCGCAGCUCAUAUUCCACAAAUAUCUGUGAGCUUCCGGUUUUAUAUCUAAAAGAAUAUCUUUGGGGCAAAUACAUGUCCAUGUACAGGAAGAGAAGUGUUGUAAUUCCAUGAAAUUGAGUAUUUGCAUGCCUUUCACGGUCCAUUUGAGUUCUGAAAGUUUCACUUUAUAUGUCAUAAUGGCAUGUGGGGUAGAUUCCGGUUGAAAGGAAAAGAUAAUUUUCAUAUUCCAGGAUGUACUCGUUUUGAAGCAGGACAAAUUGAGUUUGAUCACAAUAGCCACACCAGUCAGCAUAAAUGUGCAUACACUCUAGGCCUGUAGAUUUUUUUUCUUCCAAAGUCACAGAACCAUUGAUUUUUAAAAGGUUUUCACACACAUAUCUAUAGUUGUUCCAUCUACAUGUCAAGGCAGUGAUUUUUUUCUAUGCUUCAGUGGUGUGCAAGUCUGUUAUAUUGUGAGCUAUGGAUCACUGUUGUUGAUUUCAAUUAUUUAUAAGACUCGAUGAUGGAAAUAGUGUGACCACAUUUAUACCUAGGUACUAGGCCAGUGUCAAACCAUUGAAACUAUAAAGUAACCCAUGGUGCCCGUCUUACAAAGAGUUGCGAUUGAUCCGAUCAAUCGCAGCUACGGAAAGCCAGCAAAGUCAACAUAUAAAAUGCAUGUUUGCUUAAAACAUUUUCUAGAUAUGAAUGUAUGACAAUUUGGUGUGUUCUCCGUUGUUUACAAAGGACAUUUUGCAAAUUUCCUGUAGAAAAAAUUAUGACACUGAUGGAUUUCCAUAGAGUUACGAUUGAUCCAACGAUUGAUUUGAUCAAUCGUAACUCUUUGUAAGACGGGGCCCAGUUAUAUGAUGUUGGGUAGUGUUAAAUUCAACACCUUAUGUGUUAAAUAUAUUCGACACUGUACUUGCAGUGCAGAAAAGGGGUUAAAUUUCCCACUGCUCCUUAUAUACCAAAUGACACCAUGUAUUGGGCCUUUGAAACUUAUGAGGGAUAUGAAUUUUGGAACAUACAGUAUAUUUGGGGUAAUUUGCACAAACCCCAGUGCCCUGUCAGUGCAUUUAUCGGUAUUAGAAUAAAAAAAGGACAAAGUUAUAGACCGAGUUGAUAUUGUACAUAAAAGUAACCUGACGGGGUGUUAAGCUGUGCAGGAGUUGAUAGAUGAAGGGCAUAUAUAUAUAUCCACGGCAGAGAAAUUAAUAAUUGAAUACUACGAGACUCAUCCUACAUCACCUCAUCAUUGUUAAUAUACCACCAAGUCCAAGGGCUUCAUAUGAUUGGCAAAUAAACUCUUCGUGGAAGAUCACGCCACAAGUGCCAUUGAUUAUCAAUAAUUCAUAGAUAAUGAUACUGGGUUUGUCUAUUAUAGAUACAUGUACAAGUAGGCCUGCACAUAAUACAUACAUGUAUUAUUAAUUAAUGAUAUUGCAAGUGGGCCUACUGUUUUAUUGUAAAAUCACCAAAAGUUCACACACGUUGUUGCGACAUGCACUUGUGAUGUACAGUGGUGGAGUCUGUAUGCUUCAGAUCAGCAAUGUUUUUUUGUUUGUUUUUUUAAUAUCUGAGGGUAAUAUUUGUUUGUUUUUGCUUAAAAUCAGAUCCUUUUGACAGUAUGGUUGAUCAUGCUCACUAUGUAAUGAGUUGUACUACUUAUAACACAAUAAUGCAUGUGGAAUUUUUUUUUAAAUGGGUACAUUGUCAAAUUAAAGGUUCUAAGUGAAGGGUUUCAUCGAAUAUUUUGUUACAAUUUUCAAUAAAAAGGAGGUAUGAACAUUGAGGGGCGGCUUGCUAGAAUAUUCCAACAAAAUGAUAUUUCUAUCAGUGUCUCUGAGUCCAGGCAAUGUAAGCUACACAUUUCUCAAGGAUUUGGGUCAUAAAUCACUUGGCCUGUUUUGUCAACAUUUCCUUGACUUGAUUAUCAACAUAUAACCUCCAAGAUAUCACUGGCAAGCAUAUGCCAAUUUCCCUCAUGAACCUGUAAUCACCAUGACUUGCAAAAAAUAAGUGUAGUAGAUGUUAUUAUGACAUUUGUAGUGGUAUGAUAAUGAUUGUUAUUUUGUAGGAUCCAUGAUUUAGUGGAAUAAAGAGUCAAAUCUGGCCAACCAAUCACCAAGGUCCCCCCCCCCCCCACCACUGUUACAAUUUCAUAACCUCUUGUUCACAAAUGCUACCUGGUAGUUUUAUUGGUAAUUGUGCCCAGAUCGUAAAACUAAUAAAUCAAUGUGAAAGAGAAUUACUGUAAUCCCCUAAUAAACGUUCCUGUUUCCUGCUAAUACAUACAUGUACAUAGGGCCUACAUAGGGUCGCAGCCCUAGGCAUUGUGAAGGCAGAUUUUGAGAACUUAUGACAUGAAGCAAAAAGAAUGUGCAUGAUGAUUUGCUUAGGAAUGCAUGACAGUCUUGUUUGCUCAUAUCUACAGUCCUGAACUAUAUCUGGUUUAGGUGGGCGUUGUGAACAUUAAAAUAAGUAUUUGAGGCCUGAAUACAUGUACAUUAAGAUUUAGAGGUAUUGUGGGCAUGAAAGCAUAUUUAACCUGAAUGUAUCAUGGUUAUUCAAGGUGACAUGCAUUGAGUCAUGAAAUACAUACUGGUAAUAAUGAUGUUCACGGUUUGUACCCAGUAACAAUACAUGUCGGUGGAUAAACAAAUGAAAUGCCUGCAUUGAAGUGUACAAAAUAUUUGAUAUCAGCCGUUUCUCUAUACAUGUAAGUGCUUAAUGAGAGAAAGAGCUGAUAACUCUAUAACUGCUUUUUAAAGUGUGUUUCAAUGUAAGAACGGUAUGCAUUAUUUUCAGUGUCAAACCACAUUCUUCCUCGUAUUAGUAUUAAACCUCAUUAAAUAAAAUAUUAUAUUUAUGUGUGAAACAUUCAUGUAGUACAAAAAUUCAAGAAUUAGAUUCGUAUGUACAGUAUGUAAAAUAUAUUACAAAAUAUGUGCUAUUUUGAAUGAUUUUCUAAAAAGAUUUUUAUACUAAAUGUUUGAUCUUGCAGUUUGAUUGGCCUUGUCCUAAAAGAUGCCAGGGGCAGUAUUUUCUCUCCCCCGAAAAAAUUAUGAAUCAGAAUUUAUUAUGUACAUGCAAAUAUUUUUAUCAAUAAUGACAAAAUGUGCAAAUUUGAAUUGAUUAUGCAAGAAAUUUUCAAUGCACUGUAGUUCACAGUGAUUCCUCAUACCUUACUUUAUUCUUUAAGAUCUUUUUUUCCUCAUAUUUAUGUUUCCUUUGUAUUGUUGAAUGCAUGUCAUCUUGCUCUUUGAAGUCUGCUUAAUAUAAUGAGGAGAUUGUGAAUUAUACAUUCCAAAAGCUGGUGCAGAUUUAUGACAAAAGCAAGAUUCAAUUUGUAUUCGUGUUUCAUUAUCUUUACACUUAGUUUUAUUACUUAAAUGUACACUUGUAUGUUUGAAUUGGAAUAUGGCAUUGAAAAUCGAGUCAAUAAAGGAAUGGCAAAGGAUGUUUCAGAAAGCUUUCCGCGAUGUUUUGCUUGACUUCACACUGACUUGAAUGCAAAGUGCAAGAUAUUCCAAGAAUGAAGAUGAUCGAGUGUAUAAUUUCAGUGAAUGAUUUUUAUAGUUACUUUUACCUGAAUGGUUGAUCAAAUAGCUUUUUAAGUCAUUCAUUGUCCAGUCAAUCAAACGCUAAUCAAGAUCAUUGUCACAUGUGCAUUUGCUUCAAAACCCUCAGAACUAUUUUCUUGUGAACAUUUGUGUUAUGCAGGACACAUGAUGGUCUGUCAUUAAAAAAAGUCAUUUAAUACAUUGGGUACUCCAGGCUGACAAUAAUAUUAUUUGAACAGAUCAAGAAAAACCACACAAACAAAACAAUGAAAAUGUAAUCGAAAUCAGACAAGGAAUAACAAAGUUAUAGCAUUUUAAAGACUUGCAUUAUUCCCGUGAAACAGUUCUAGGCAUGUCUUCAUGAAUAUUCAAUAAGCAAACUGAUGAUGUCAUACCCCACUUGUUCUUUUGUGUUUUAUUAUAUGAAAUUAGGUUUAUUAAAUUUUUUCCUUCAAGAACCAAAAAUAUUAUAAAACAACUGAUUAAGUGCAAUAGAUAUUCAUUGAUAAACUUAUUUCAUAAGGGGGACACAUAAUUCACACAUGUAUAAUAAAACAAAACAAUUAUGAUUUCAUGUAAUAGCAUAAGAAAAAAGUGGGGAUGUGACAUCAGCCCAUGUAAUGAAUAUUCAUGAAGACGUGCAUAGAACUGUUUUCACAAUAUAUUGCUAGACUUAAUAACUUCGUUAUUUUGUUAUCAGAUUUUGAUGACAUUUUCAGCAGAUUGAUCUGUGAAUUUUACUUUAUUUAUUUAUAUAUAAAUAUUUUCAGCCUGGAGCAUCCCUUUAAUAAAAUGCUAACUUGUGAGCCCACAUGUAUUCCCUAGGUCCUGUGAUACAAAAGCUUUGGUGAUGACUGAUGAUCAUACAGAUAAUAUUUUGCAAGCAACCAUUGGUUGUACAUCUUGGUCGGUGCAAUCAAUCAUAAGAAAAUAGUGAAAUAAGUUUAAUGAUGAAACCUGAGUUAUGACUAUUCCUAAUGAUCUCAUUUAAAUUGUCAAAAUUAAGAUUCGGCUAUAAAAACUAUAAUGGUAUUAAUGUUGAUGAAUACAGUUAUGCUUACAUGUAUAGCUUAUUCCAGUUAGUAAGCUUGUGCUUAAAUUUUAAAGCGGCUUUCCGAAACAUUUCCCACCAUGCACCUUUUCAACAAUGGUUAUUUCUACUUUACCUGGCAUGUAAAUGCAUUAAGUUAUUUACUAGUCUUCUUUUUUUUCCCUUUUCUUUACAUUUUCUUUAAUAUUUAUGGAAAUAAUUUCUGUGAUUUUAGAUUUAUGAUAAUGUAUCCCGGUAUAUUUUUUAGUUUGAUUUUUGUUUACAGAACUGUGUGUAAAUAUCAAUGAUAAAGAUUGGGAGAUCAUGCUAAGAUUCAGCUCAGGAUUAUUGAUACACUGUUGAUGAAUUUACUAUUGAUGUACAUGUAGAUUGACAUCUAUAACUAGUUAGAAGCAAUAUGGAUUAUGGAAUUUGAAGACUAUUUUUUAAGGAAGUACAUGAAAUUCGAUUCUCAUGUUUAACAUAAACCAAGUACAUGUAACAUACAAUGCCUUGUGAAGUUUUUUUUUAAGAUGUUAAAUGUUUGAAAUCACUCCUCUCUGCUUUGGUGUGACAUUGGAAAAUAUGCAAUGUUUUUUAUAUCAUUUCCAGUGUCCUAUAAUUGUAUUGAUGUACCAUUUCAAAUAUAUUAUUUUAUCAAGAUUGUGAUAAGAAUGUAUAGAUCUUUACUUACAUGUAAGGUGGGAUAUAUACAUGUAUGAUCUUAUUUUACAAUUAUAGAUGACUUACAAUGUACAUGCAAUUACCAAAAAAAUGAGUGUGAUAAUGUUAUCCAGAACUUGGCAUGGAACACAAUGAAUUCAUGGUAAAGACGUUUUCUAUGAUAUAUAAAAUAUAUGUCAAGCAGCUUGAUGAAACUGUAUUUGGGGCUUUUUCUACAGGAGAAAGGGCUCGACCAUCCUUUUGUUUUUCAUCAAAUGCUCAAUAAAAAACAGAUGGUUAAGGGGAAAAA